AUGAUUAAGGAGCGUGUUGAAGACCUUUUGAGGGAGCUUAACGAGGAUGCCUCACAGCUCUCAGAUGCCCUCGAGGUCACUGGGGAUCCCACUCAGCUGACCGCUUCCCAUAUCUCCAACACUCUGACCGAGGCGUGUCUCUACUCGGCCAACUUUCUCUACAGGAUCAAGUACAAAGACAUAUCCGAUGACUUCAAAACCUUUUUCGAGGAUAAAGAGAAAUAUGCUUUUUAUUAUUCCUCCAACCCCGCCUGCCUCCUCUGCCAGCUGCGGGACUACGCCUACGUCUGUUACCACCAGCUGGAGUUCCUGAAGUCGCAGUGUAAUCGGGGCGCCAGGCACGGUGGUUGGCAGGAUUAUGAGUACGGCAGUGGUCUAUCGUCUCCCAAGUCCCCCCUCAGGCCUUCUUGA